AUGAGGAAGGUGGUGUUGUUUACUGGGCAGUGGGUGGACAUGCCGUUCGCGGAGCUGUGCAAGCGGGCGGCGGCGAUGGGGUUCGAGGGGCUGGAGGUGGCGUGCGGGGGCGACCACCUCGACGUCCAGCGCGCGGCCGACGACCCCGCCUACGCCACCGCCCAGCGCUACACAGCCGCCGCCCACGGCCUGCAGAUCGUCGCCAUCUCCAACCACCUCGUCGGGCAAGCGGUGUGCGAUCGCAUCGAUGCACGGCACAGGGCCAUCUUGCCGGCCCGGGUCUGGGGCGACGGCGACCCGGAGGGCGUGCGGCAGCGAGCCGCCGAGGAGAUGCGGCUCACCGCCCGCGCGGCCGUCAACGUCGGCGUCACCGUCGUGACGGGCUUCACCGGUUCGAGCAUCUGGCACCUCGCCUACAGCUUCCCGCCCGUGCCUCCGGCCUGGAUCGACGAAGGGUACAACGACUUUGCGAAGCGCUGGCGGCCCAUCCUGGACGCCUUCGACCAGCUCGGCGUGGACUUUGCGCUGGAGGUUCACCCCACAGAGAUUGCCUUCGACGUGGCCAGUACCGAGCGGGCGCUGGCGGCCAUCGAGCGCCACCCGCGCUUCUGCUUCAACUUUGAUCCGAGCCACUUCGUCUACCAGAACGUGGACUACGUGCUUUUCGUCAGAAAGUUUGGGGACCGCAUCAGGAACGUGCACAUGAAGGACUGCUAUGUGUCGCCCACGCCGACGGAGGUGGGCACCUACGGCGGCCACGUCGCCUUCGGCGAUCACAGGCGGAGUUCUGACUCGCCCGACCACUUCAGCUGGAACUUCCGCAGCCUGGGCCGAGGCAGCGUCAAGUUUGAAGAAAUCAUCAGGGCUCUCAACGACGUGGGCUAUGCCGGCGCGCUCUCGGUGGAGUGGGAAGACACGGGAAUGGACCGUGAGCACGGUGCUGCCGAGUCGUGCCGGUUCGUGAAGCAGAUCAACUUCAAGCCCAGCGCCUUCGCCUUCGAUGCCCAGUUCAACCACCACCAGCCGACCACCGCCGGCCCCCAGUGA